AUGCGUCAAUACUGCACUCUCACCUCCUCAUCCUACACCUGCACCAACAUCGUAACCGGGCAAACCGACAUGGCAACCUUCGACCUCUCCCAAUACUACAAACUCAAAGUCCCAGUCGGCUUAACGGACGGCGUCGAAAAGCUCGUCCCCCCCCAGGACCAAUACUACUCCUACAAUCCCACAAUCACAAUUUUGAUCACUAAUACCCCCUCCAUCUCCACUAAUACCCUCUCCAAUUCCACUAAACCCACUACUACCAUCAACUCCUCAACAACAACAGUCAUCCCCCUCCACUUCCCUAUAGUAACCAAAGACGCCAAGGACAAGGACAUUCACUGGGGCGCUUCCCUCGCCUAUAUUGAUGAUUCCGAAAUAGCUACUUAUACAGUAAAAUGCAUCGAUCCCAAGAAGGCCGCUAUCAAAGAUUGCGAGUCUUUCUAUCAUGGCGGAAUAACCGUACAGACGGGGCCGAUGUAUUAUGGGUACAACUUUGUCUAUACGGUUGGUAGUGAAUGGCACACAAAAGACUACCACUGCCACCACCCCCCCUCCCCCGGCGCCCUCAAAAACGGCCAAGACGACAUCGGCUCCUGCACCUCCAUCUACGGUCCCACCGACGCGCCAACCACCAAAGUCUCGACGAGCGUGACGAGCAUGAGCGCUAGUCUUGCGAAUACCACGCCUGUGACGGUCACGGAGGGGGUGUGGAAGUUAAGCCCGAAGCCGACGGAGACGAAGGCGGAGGAGGGUAGUGCGGCAGGUCUGGAUCCGGGCUCGGGGAUGGGGAUGGGAGGAGAUAUUGGGGCGGUGGUGCUUGCAGGUUUGGUAGGGGUUGUGGUUGGGGUUUUGGGGUUGGUGUUGUAA